AUGUCCAGAGACAGGUAUGCUGAUCAAGAUGAUGACUAUGAACAAUCAUCGGGUGGCAAAAACGACAAGAUACAAAGUGCUGAAGCAAGAAUCGAACUUAAUAAGUAUGACACAGAAGCUUGGACCAUUUUGUUGUCAGAAGUACAAGAAAUGAGCAUCAUCCAAGCAAGACCAUACUAUGAACGAUUUUUUGAAAUAUAUCCAGUAGCUGCAAGAUAUUGGAAAAUAUAUGCUGAACAUGAAUUAAAAGCAAAGAACCAUACUCUAGCUGAGGAAAUAUUUAAAAAGGCAUUGGAUGCUUGCCCUAACUUUGAAUUGUGGAGAUUUUAUUUGGAUUAUAUUAGGGAACAUAAAAGAAAUGAUGUGGAUACAAUUCGUAAAGCCUUCGAUAUUUGCAAAGAAAAGGUUGGGCUUGAUAUUUCAAGCUCAACUCUAUGGAUUGACAACAUUAAAUUCAUAAAAGAUCUUAAAGCAACUGAUCAAAAUGAUAUUCAAAACCAAAUCAAUCUUUUGAGAAGUCUCUAUCAAGAAGCUAUUCAAAUUCCUAUGCAUGAUAUCGAAAAGAUUUGGAAAGAUUAUGAAAUUUUUGAAAAUGAAGUCAACCCAACCAAUGGGAAAUCAACUCUUCAAGAAUUUGCUCCAAAGUUCAAAUUGGCUCUCAAUAAGUAUAAGGAAAAGAAAAAUAUCAGAGAAAAUAUGGGUGGAGUAGGAGGUUUAUUAUUAAAUAUGUUGGCGACACCACCAACAAACUCUGAGAAGGAAAGAUCACAAAAACAAAUCUGGAAGGAUUUAAUAGAACUUGAAAAGAGAAAUUCACAAAGACUAACAGCUGAUGAACUCAAAAGAAGAGUUCUUUUUGUUUAUAGUCAAUGCUUCCUCUGUUUUAGACAUCAUCCUGAUAUUUGGUAUGAUGCUGCUAAUUAUUUGAUUUCUAUUCAGUGUCACGAUGAAGCAACAAUAGUUUUUCAACGUGGAUGUAACGCAUUAUUACCUGUUCCAAAAUCAUUGGAUGCCAAUCAAUCACAAGAGGGAAGUAUUUUACUCCAUCUUGCAUUUUCAGAAUAUUUGGAAUCAAGAAAGCUCUUUGACGAAGCAGCUAAAGUUUUCAAAACUCUUAUCACAUCAAAACAUGACCCUCUAGUUUUUAUUCAAUAUAUCAGAUUUAUGAGACGUACCAAAGGAACAGAAGGAGCUAGAGAAGCAUUUAUUGAAGUUAAAAAAUCUCCAAAAUGUACAUACCAUGUGUGGGUUGCAUCAGCUCUUCUUGAAUAUACUACUAACAAUCAACCAGAGACUGCAAGAAAAUUUUUCAAACUAGGUCAGAAUCAACCAUUCGGAAAAGAACCAGGUUUUAUUCUUGAAUACUUAAAAUUCCUAGACCAUCUAAAUGAUAAGAAUAACUCUAGAGUUCUUUUUGAAACAAUUCUUAAUGAAUUACCAAAAGAACAAUCCUCUGAAAUAUGGAAUAGAUUUUUACAAUUUGAAUACUCAAUAGGCGAUUUGAAUUCGAUAGAAAAGGUUGAACAAAGAAAACUUGCAGCCUUUUCAGAGAAUGCUGAAAAUAAUACACCUUCUAAUAGUGGUUUCGAAAAUACAGUCAACGCUACCAACAGCCUUAUAAAUCUCAUCAAUAGAAGCAAGUUUUUAGAUUUAUGGCCUUGUACACCUAGUGAAAUGGAGUUACUCAAUUUGAAAGCACAAGAAAGCGAGAAAGUGCCAACAGAAGACGAUAUCCAUAUCAAAUAUUCUAAAUCAUUUUAUCGUGUUGAUUACACAAAGCAAAUCAUGUUUACAAACACUAGACAACAAAAUCAAGGCUCAGUAGAUAAACUCAAUAGUAAUCGUACAGCACCUCCAACAGUUUCUCUCCCUCCAGAAUUCAACAAAUUUAGACAAUACCUUAACCAAAAGAGACUUUUCCUUCCGGAUUUUAAGCAAAUGUGUGAAUUCAAAGUUAUUCCAAACCAUGUCUCACAAUCUAAUUCAUCCCUUCCCCUAGUAACAGUACAUGAUGAGCAAGUAAUUCCUCAUACAGUACUUCAGAUUUUAAGGAGAAUGCCUCAACAACAUUUUGCUGUUAUUCCUCCAGAUUAUGUUAUUAAUGCAUUGAUGACAACUCCACUUCCACCCCCACCUGAAUCAGAUCUUAAAAGAGGUAGAAAUGAAUAUGAAAAUGUUGAUUAUGACCAAGAGUAUGAUGAUGAAGGUCCAGCAGAUAGAGCCUAUGAUGAUAUUUACACAAAGAGAAGAAAGCAAAGGAAAUAA